AUCCUUGGACACACAAUGUGCAGAGGACUAGCAGCACUCCCUAGUAACUACCUGGAAAGAGCUAAAUGGUUUAAAGCACACAUGAGCAGUUUUCUGCAGAAGCAAGACUGGAAGCUUCUGUGCUAUGCUUACAAGCUGAGAAAACCAAGGCUGACCUUGGAGGAAUGCUUGACAUGGAAGGAGUCUUUUGAAAAUCUGUUAUCUAGCAAAAAUGGACUGUAUGCUUUUCGAGCUUUUCUGGUGUCUGAGUUUAGUGAAGAAAAUAUCGCGUUCUACCUGGCUUGCAAGGAUUAUAGAAACACAAAGUCGGAAGCCAAGCUCCAGGCCAAAGCUCAGAGGAUUUACAACGAGUUCAUCGGAAGCGAAGCGCCACGUGAGGUCAACAUUGAUCACGAAACUCGAGAUAUUACCCAAGCCAAUAUCAAAUUCCCAACAGCAACCUGCUUCGAUCAAGCUCAGUACCUCAUCUACAUCCUCAUGGAAAAGGACUGCUACCCACGAUUCCUCCGCUCCAGUGCUUACCGGGACCUGGUGAGCCAGCUAACCAAGAAGAAUGCCAAAGCUGCUACCAAGAAAGCCUGAGCAGCUUUCCCCCUGAAUGGUAAAAGAAGCUAAAGGGAUGAGAGAUGAGGUGCUGGAUCUCUGAUGGACAGGAGCCCAGACUUUUAGAGACGGCCCCUGUGCUGAUCCUGAUAUAGGAGAGCAGGGAAGAAGAAGAAGAAGAUGGAAGAUGGUGGCUUCAGAUCAUGAACUGUAUCAGCCCAGACUGGGACAAGACUUCUAUGUUGCGUCCCUUUAAUGGGAUGAAAGAGAGAGACAUAGAAAGGACUUGUGUAGCACCUUCGUCAUAGCCACACCAACGUACUAGGAUUAACCAUCGACAAUUUGGAUAUGCAAAUAAACUCUUUAAAUUAAAGAAAUAUUUUGUAUUUUGUAACACUUACA